CCGGGCAAGGCCAUGCGAGGGGACAGAGUGCUGCCUUGAGCCACAAGAUCCGCACCUACGACACGGAGAGGUCGCGCAGGCGCAAUCGCCGCUCUCGAGCGCUCUAAGCCAGGGCACUAGACCCGGGAAGAAGACGCAGGCGCACCCGUCUGCCCGCGCCUUCCGCCUGUGUUGAGAUCUUGAGAAACCGGUUGCCCACGCUUUCCCUAUAUGAAGGCAGGGAAUACUCCCCACCCCAUGACUCGGUGUCUAGAUCUUUCAAGAUGGUGGUGGCGAAGUCGAAUGCCGGUGGGGCUGCUACCUCCUAUUUCCGUACAGCCAAACCGCUGCCCUCGCUGGUCACGGCCCUGGGGCUGGGAUAUUUCGGGGUAUUGGCUUGCGUGGCUGAUUCACGUGGGAGAGUCCUUGUAUGCCAUUGUAUUGUGCAAGAGCCUUGGUGGAGUUUUGAGAAACCGCCCAUCACUAGGGAUCUCCCUUCUUCAGUUCCCUUGACGGUUCCUUCAGACCUCAGUCUAAAGGCAUCACGAAUAGUUGGACUCAACUCCUCUGGUUCCUGCAGACGUUCCUUUUUGGGAUGGCAUCUCUCUAUUACUUGAUUGAUUACAGACCGAGACGCCAUAAACAAACUUAAAAAAGAUAUCCAAAAAAAACUGAAUCACUGUUUUGUACACUUGAAACUAAUAUAAUAUUGUAAACCAACUAUACUUCAAUUUUAAUAAAGAGAGAAAAUAUAGCAUAUAAAGUUCCUAGGAGAUAAAAAAGAUGUUCAAAAGCUUUCUCCACACUGACAUUCAGCCUCACCUUUUUUGGGGGCUGCUGUGCUUACUUGAUCUUUCUAGAAAGUUACGACCCUCUAGUUAUUCACUGUUUUCUUCAUCUGCUCUGGUUAAACUUGAGUAGGUAGUAGGAAAAGAUUUUAGCUUCCCAGUUCUGCAGACUAUCCUAUUUGGCAGAGGGCUUCCAGCUACCUUCUUGCGGUCCUUGGCUGUGUUGGCAUUCUCCCUGUCUCCUGGUUUAAGCCACAUACUAAGUUUGCUUGUUGGGAUAUCUUUGCCCCUACCUUCUGAUUAAAACACCUUACCCUUACCACCACCAUCUUAUCAGCUCUCCUUUCCCCCAAUUUUUUUCCCACCCACCUGGACCAAAAUAGAGUGACACUUCCAUAACACAUGAGUUCCACCCACAUUUGUUAGACACCUGUGAGGCGGGAUCUUCUCCUUUCAGGCUUCCAUUUCAGAUUAUGGAGAAAGAUGAGGAAGACAAGCAAGUGCCUGGAAUGGGGCGGGCCAAGAGGUGACACAGGCAGAGAGGACAUCCUGGGAACCAAGAAGGAACGACUGGGGAAUGCUUUCUCUGCUGCUGCCAGCCAGAAGUGAUGCUUCCCUCCACUCGGACCCUCCAACAUAGUGCUCUGUACGUGCAGGAUCUGAUGUCCACCUUCAAGUCAGGACCACAUCUUAAGACAGCUUCGUUUUUUCCUCUAGCACCUGUCCCAUUGCCUCACACACAGGUGUUCUCUCAGUGUUUACCGAACAAAGGAGGGAAACUCUGAUUUCACUUUGCACUUGUUCAGCAUCAUUCCAAUUUUUAUCUGAAAACUGCAGAACACGUUCAGUGUACCCUUGCAUCAGAGAAAAGCGCAGGACUGCCCUUGACUGGUACCGCCAUGUUUCUGUGGGUCCCCUGGUGGGAAACCCGUACCUUUUUCACAUUUUCCUAUUCUUGGUCACUUUUUCCAGACACUGUAGAUGUCUGCCUCCAGUUCUGACUCACUCAGCCAUUCCUGUUCUAGAGAGUCUACACUAUGGGUUCUCCAACUAGUUACUACCUCUCUCAUUCACCUGGUUAUAACUUAACUACUGACUGGUUGGGGCAGGAGGGUUACUGACUCACCUCAAGGAGCCUUUAGGGCUCCUUUCCUGGAGGACCGCCUGCUUGUUCACUAGGGACUAGACCUUAUUUUCCUUCCAUGACACAGUAGGUCAUGUUAUUUGUUUUAAGCAAACACUUAAGAGAAACAGCCCCCCUUCCCCCAGAAAAGAGGCCUCAAGUAAAAGCACAACCAUGAAAGAUGAUGGACUAUGAACUGGUUUUGGUGGAAAUCAACUUCCGCACAUAAAUCCCAGUCUUUCCCUCUUGUUUCUCUUGUGAUUAAGGGGUUGUUAUUAAUGGUGCCAAGGAUAAUAUGGCAGAUUACUGAAUGAAAUGUAGUAACUUGAAUAAAAUGUUGGGAAUGGUGUCUCCAA